GUUUAUUUAAAAAAAAAAACUGAGUGAACUAUCAAGGACUGUUCACAGUUAAAACAAGUAUAGUAUAAGUAAUAAACGAGUUACACAUAAUCAUAAACUUUAUGAUUUUAAAGCUGUUCCAUGAUAUUCAAAAUUAAAAACAAUAAAUACCCGAUAUCCUAAUUAUAAUUUGUACUAACCUGAUUGCAGUCUCUCCCCUUAUUAAAUUACCCCUUAUAAUUUGUUUUAGUUUUGAACUUCUCAAUACUUUUAUUUUAAACUUUAACGUACUAGCCCUAGCGUAUUUAAAUUAAGUUUAACUUUUAAGAUUACUUAAGUGUCUUAAGAAAGACUUAAUAUAAUUUAAUUUAUAAUUUAGGCUAUAACUAUAUAUACAAGCUCCCCACAAGUCAAAAUACUAACAAAUUAUGUACUGACUGUGGUAGACGUGACGUAGUGUAGUACUUGUUUUGGAUGUCUUGGAGUUGGAGGUGGAAAGUGGAAGUAAUUAUUAUUUUUCUAUUUGAAUUUUUACAAAUGUUUUUAUUCUUUUAUCAUAAAUUGCCCCAUUGAUAGAAUUAUUGGUAAUGAUUACUGAGCCUUACUGAUACUGUCCUUAGCUAUGGCUAUGACUUACUAUGACUAUGACUUACUAUGACUAUUGGCAUGGACACUACUAGGACUAGGGUAAUACUUUUUUUGAAGUGAUAUUUUAAAUAAUAUAUUAUUUUUUAUGUAUGAUAUAGAUAUGAUUAUAAAUAUGAAGUAAGUAAAUUUUUUUUGUAGUAAACUUUUCAUCACAGGUAAAAUUGAGAGAUGGGUAUUGUCAGAAACACUUUUGCUGUUAUUGUGGCUAUUGCUGCGUGGCAGUUUUAUGCUCAUAAUUUUCCAAAGACUAAAGAAGCACCUAAAGUCUCUGGGUAUUUUCAUCCUUCAUUUACCAAAGUAGCAGACACUUUUAAGUAAGUAAUGAUAGGGGCUCACAUCCUAGUGAUAGCCCUAUUUUAGGAUUCUCUUUCACAUAGGCCUAUACCUGAAUCCAACUGAGAUUGGUUUUUACUAGUACUAAAAAAUAACAUUUUAUUUAAUUCAUGCGAUAAUCAUUAAUAAUGUGUCAGAUAACUAGUUAGUCUCUAAGGAAAAUAACACAUUAAGCCUGUAUAUGAAAUUAUGUUGAAAAUGUUUAUUAUCAAUUUAUUUAUUUGGUGUUUUUAAAUCAACAGGUCUAAUUUAGCCAGUGGCAAAGAGAGAGGAGCUGCCUUUGCUGUCUAUUACAAAGGUGAAGUUUUAAUUGACAUAUGGGGUGGAUGGGCUGACCAUGAAACUGAGAGACACUGGCAAAGUGAUACCAUGACAUUGUCAUGGUCAAUGGUUAAAGGUGUCUCGGCCAUUGUGAUUGCCAGGCUAGUUGAUAUGUAAGUAGACAUUCUCCACUUUGAUAUUCUUAAUUAAGUUGAGUUACUUUUACCAAAAAAGUCAAACCUUUGCACAAUGAGCAACAUGUGUAAAUGUAUCAAAAUAUGGAUAUCUGCAGAAACUUGGAGUAGAAAUUCCUUGAAAUGUAGAUGCAUUGCUAGAGUCUUAGAUAUAUUAUUUUUAAAUAAUCAAUAUUUCAUACAAAUAGUACUAGUUGGUAGGGAAUUUAAAAUCAGAGCUAUUUUUCCUUUAUAAAUUAUCCACAUUUUUUGUGAACCUAUUAUUGUUACAAUCAUGUUUAAUAUGUUCAUGCUGCUGGUUUAAAUUCUGUUUUUAAGUUGCAAAGAUUUUUCAUUCACAGGGGCCUACUAGAUUAUAAAAAAGAAGUGUAUAGGUACUGGCCUCAGUUUGGUGCUAAAAACAAGAAGAAUAUAACUGUGGAGAUGUUAAUGAGCCACCAGGCAAGUCAGUUUAGAUAUAUUAUAUUUCAGCUUACAAUUUAAAUCUCAAGAAACAUUCAGUCUCUUAGAAUUUAUAUCUGCCGAUGUAUUUUAUAUAAACUUUUAUACCAUUUGCACUUGUGUCAUUGAGGUUGAAAACCCUGCAUCCAUGAGGUCCAGUUCCAAAUGCACAAAUGGCUUUAUCUAUUUGAUGAAAUGCAAAUGGCCAAGUCAUCAAGUUCCUGAAGAGCUUAAAUAUUCUUGACAGAAUUGAAAACCUUUUGAAAACAUGGAUAGCAAAGAAGUCACAAAUAACAUAUCCUUCAAUCAGCAGCCCCAAAACCCCCAAAAUAUAUGCACUCAUAAAUGAGAGCUCUGAUUAAUUUUGUAUAAAUGCAAAAUUGUUAUUUAAAUGUGUUUGUUGCAGUAAUUAUAAUUGCAAUCUGAAAAAACAUAAAUGAGUUGCAUUUGAAUGUAAGACUUAAAGAUUUUUUAUAUCCAUGUCUGCAGGCUGGACUUAUCGGACUUGAUGAAAAAAUCACUCUGCAUGACUAUCAAAAGGACUGGAACUAUGUUGAAAAAUUAUUGGCUAUUCAAGCACCCAAAUGGCCUGCAGGUAGAUAAUGCUUGUAUUAAUUCCACUGAAUUAUUUGUUGAAAUUUGGAGUCGACUAAAUUAAGUAAUAAUCUUGCCAAACACUCAGUGAAAAUGAUGUUACAGGUUGACUGUGACCGUUACGUCAUGGUCAAGGUACUCUCAACAAGUAUACCUAUUGUGGUGAUUCCUUGGGCUGUUGUGACAUGUUGUCUGUGUUUAUUCGUUGUCUGUGACUUACGUUAGCAUGCCUUGAGGCGUCAGUUCAAGGUAGUAUGAUGGCAGGAUUUAAUUACUAUUUGGGUGGAGGUUGGCGACUAGGAGGCGUCAGGGUAGAGGUUUGGGGAGGAACGAGUGGGUUUAUAAGUGACACAGAAUGCAGUUACUUUACUGACCACCAAACAGUCCUCACAUGAGACCUCUCUCGUGCUUGUUUAGACUUAGACUUUGACCUAUCUUGUACCAGUUUUGCCACAGUAUGCACAUAAAGAGGUAUAUAUAUAUAUAUUAAUUAGAAUUGUUACAUUGUAUCUCUUGUGUUUUCAUAAACUCAGUUAUAUUUGUGUAACAUAUUUUUUUCUUAGCAUACCUCAUAGUUCAUAGUGCAUUUCAUUGCAUAUUCCUUAGUCAUUUUUUCAUACAUAUUUCAUAAUGCAUUUAUUGUAGACUUCUUAUUACAUUGCAUGUUAUAUUCAAUUAAUAAAUUAGCUGUUAAGUCGAGGAUUUUAUUUUCUUUAUUAUAAUAUUGUUGUGUUUCCUUUAACACAUUAAAACAAGGUGGUGUCAGAGGUUUUUUAGAAAUUACACAAAAUAUCACUGAGCAUAAGGGAGUUAGUGACAAAUGAGAUAUUACACAGCUGGCAAAACUUGCUGACAAACAAAAACCAACAUGGCAUAUUGUAAUUAUACAAGUUCUUCUAUUGGCUAUAUUAGUGACGUCUAAAAAAUAAAUAAAUGGUUUACAUUCAUUUAAAUAUACAAUAUAUAAAACAAAUUUUACCUGUGAGUUUUUUAAAGGUUCAAAUUCAAAUAUGUUGCAAUUUAUCUGGAUAUUUUGUAAAUAGAUGUUUCUUAUGUAACAAGCGUUCUCUUUGAUUCAGGUACUGCAGUAGGAUACCAUGGCCUUACCUUCGGCAUGUAUGCAGAUGCCUUGGUACGGAAGGUGGAUCCCCAACACAGAAAUCUCUCCACCUUCUUUCAAGAAGAAAUUGCAAAACCUCUUGGUCAGUAUAAUAUAUUAUAUUAUAUAAUUGUUUUCAUUAUAAUAUUAAAAUAACUUGUCAAAACAGAUUUUUAAUUCACAUGGUACAUUCUAAAUUCAAUCAGUGUUGUAUACUUUUUUUUAACGGGACUAAUAUGGGAUAAACUCAUUAAAAUUGUUGGAUGAAGAGAUAGGAAUGUUAACUGUAAUUAGAGGAAAGCUAAUACAUAUUUUCAUGUAGAAAAGUUCAGUGUUGUCUUGUUACUAUCAUUUUUUUUAUUAUAGUAAUUACUUAGUUAAAUUGAUGAAUUAAUUGAUCACCAUUUUGUUGGUUUAAAGAGGUACAUAAAUUAGCUUUAAACAUAUUGAAAUAAAACUAAUUGAAUUCUUCUUAGUUAAAUCUUCUCAUGCUCUGAAAUUUAACAAAAUAACUCCUUUUUUUUUUCUUUUCCCAGACCAUAAUUUAUUUUGAUAUUCUAUCUGAUUCUAACAGACAUUGAGUUUUAUAUAGGAAUACCACCAGAGCAAUACCAUAGAUUUGCAAGAUACAAAGCAGCUAGCAUUUGGGAACAACCAUUUGGUUACAUGGAAUUAUAUCUGAUGACACUUAACCCUUACUUUAAAAUUGCUUUCGAAGUCCUGGAGAUGCCAGACAAGGUGAAGAUCUCACUUUGAUAUUGUAACAAUGUCUCUGAAAAUUUCAAUGUUCAACAGCCUUAUUUGUGCUAACUUUUGUCUUGAUUAGUGACCAAUAUGAAGAUUUUUAAAAGAUUCUUUAAGACUUGAAUAUCCAGCACUUAUUAACUACCAGUUCCAGGGAGCGGAUGUAGGCCUCAGUAAAAAUCAACACAAUGUUGAAAAAUGGCAGAUGUAUUUAAUGUAUUUCUCUGGCACUGUAGCACUAAGCCUAUAAAAACGCUUUUAAAAAAUUCAAUUUUAUGAAGUCCUUGCCUUAUGUUCUUAAAUAUUUCCCUGGGGACAUUCACAAAUAAAUAAAUGUUACCAUAGGAUGUCUUAAAGGAGGGAAGCUCUUCUACUUCAUAGUUUUAAGGUAUAUGUGUAUGGAUAAGGCUUAUCAAUCAUAAAUGAAGCAGCUAAUGCAGUUGAUGCAAAUAGCAGAUGGUUCAUAAACAAACUAAUGUGGCAUUUAAAGCAAGUUGCUUAGGGAUGUGUGGUGCCAAAAUAAAAAAAUUAUGAGUACAACAAAGAAUUAGUUUGAGAAUUCCUGAAUAGAUAACACUUAAAUCAUAUUAAUAAUAUCAAAAAAGUUUACGUCAGAAAAAUCUACGACAAAAUUAAAGUUCAAUUAAUUACACCCUAUCUCUCUCUCCUCCCCCCUCUCUUUCUCCCUCUACUUCUUGGUUUUGAUGUUCUUUUACCUUAUAUUUUAAUAAAAGGGCUUUAACAAUCCUGAACUCCUGUCUGUUGGAUUUCCCUCAGUGAUGGGGAUCGGAACAGCUAGAAGUCUUGCAAAGCUGUAUGACUUCAUUGCUAAUGGUGGAAGCCUAAAGGGUAAAAGGCUUUUAUCUCCUGGUGUUGUUGAGGCCUUAGUACAACCUCUGACACAAGGCUUGCCAAAUUUAUUGAUUCUAUCCAGCCCAUUAUCCAGAGGUCUGAUUGUGGACAGGAAAAAGGUAAAUCUUACUUUUAGCAUAUUUUAUUAAAUUGAAUCUCUUUUUACUUACUGGGUAACCAAGUUUGCUUAAUUUGUUAGAUAAAAAUUUUCUUUGAAAAAAAAAUUUUUUUGAAUGAUUUUAUAUAUUUUUUAUUGUCUUUUUUAAAAUUUAUUCAUAAUUUAUUUAUAUCUUUAUUAAAGGUGGGUGUAAAUUCAAUUAAUUGCUCUUUACUGUCAACAUUUUUCUCUCCUGUUCCAAGGAAGGACAGCAUGUGGUUGGUCACCAUGGUUAUGGUGGUAACAUGGCUUUUGCUGAUCCCACCAUUGGAGUAGGAGUGGCCUACACUACAAAUUACAUGGGUGGAUAUUUGUUAGAUGACCCUAGAGAGGUGUCACUUCGAGAUGCUUUUUAUGAAUGCUUCCCAGCCUACAGGGCCCAACUGCCACCACAUCGAGGGGUUUAGUUUACUACUCUUGUUCUUCUUUUACUUAAACGUUAUUCAUUUUUAUUUCUUCCCUGAAAUUUUUAUUUUGCGAUGAAUUCAAUAUAUUUGUAAAAAAAAAAGUUUCUUGCUUCUCUUUAUAAAAAAUAUGCUCAAAUUUAUUUUUGAUUGUAAAAAUAAAAUUGAUAAUUCUCUUAUAAUAAUGUGUUAAUAGUUAAACCUUUAGUGCCUUAUAUUGUUUAGAUUAUUUAAUGUCAACAAAUAUGAUGUUUUGUAAGCAUUUAGUCACUGUGACAAUAUUAAACUAAGUUCUGGAGAGGGAUUUUCACCAGCAAUGUGAAGUUUACUUAAUUGUAUAAAUAAUCCAUGCUGAGCGACAAUACCUAUGAUAGUUGUUGGCAUGAUAAUGAUAUUUUAUCAAUUUGUCAUUUCCUCCACAGCUACGAGUAUUUAUAUUUGAAAUAAAUAUUACAACUAAACUUGACAGCAUUAUUUCAUUAAAUACAGAACUUUUAUAUGGUAACUUUUAUAUAUCAAUUUGGUUUACUUUAUUUUGAAGCAUAUUUAGAUAUCUUCUCUAAAUAAUAUACUGUUUUAAUUUCUAUAAGGUUGCCUUCAUAUUCCUGUGAUCAGAAAGUUAUUUUCAUUAAUGACAUAAUAUGAUUCAGUGUGCUUGAUGAUUUUGUAAGUUUCACUACCAGCCUUUACUCACUUUUUUUUGCUAGAUGAAACCCAUUAAAGGCUUAGGAAAUGUAUAAUAAUGAUAUUGUUUGUAGGCUCAAUAUCCAGAAGUUUAUAAGUUGACAUGUAGCUUUUCAAUUUCAAAUGUGUACACCUUAAUAUUUUGCCAAGUGAAUAUCAAAGUUAUGUCUUUAGAAAUGUAACUUUUUAUAAUUUUUUUUUAGAAAAAUGACACAAUUUGUUUGCAUUUCAAAUUUCAUUGCCAAUCAUAUCUGCUGCGCGAGUGUGCUACAAAGAGAAACUUUGCAUAUUAUGUAAUAUAACAUGAGUUUUCAUUCCACAUAAAAAUGGAUUUAUUGCGAUGGAUGAGUAGCUGAUGUAAUUUACUAGGCAGGAACAUUUUUUGAACAUUGUUAUGAAUUUUUUGCUCUCAAAAACCAAAUAGUUUUAUUAAUAUUUCUUUUAAAAUGUACAUGUCUUUAAGUGCUAAUGUGAGUUUGAUAUUAUUUUAAGGAUUGUUCCAUAUUUAACCAUAAAAACACCCUAACUUUAAAACUGUUAAAUGUGAUUUUUUUAAAGAAAAAAGUAAUUUAAAAAUGUUAUUUCAUCAUGCACUUAAAAUGUAAUAAUUGCAUAUUUAUGCAUCUUUAAAGUGGAUUUUAAAAAUUGUUUAAAAAAUAUUGAUCAUUUCAAAUUUCAUUUAUAAAAGACAUUCAAAAUUUGGGUUUUGUCAGUUUUUGUAAGAUAUAUAUUUAUUAUUGAUUGGAUUUUUAAAAAAAUUAAUUUGCAUAAUUAAAUAUUCAUACUAACAUUUAAUUUUACAAAAGGUGCUGAAUUAUCCCACUACAUAUCACCGUUUUAAAUUUUUCAUCAGUGUUUUAUCAUGUUUUUAUUUACAUACAGUUAAUAUUUCCAUUUUAAAAAAUGGUUACAAAAAUAUGGAUCCACAUCAAUGUGUUCAAAUUCUGGGUUUUUUUUGCAUUUUUUUACCAUCAAUAUUAUUUAGUUUUCUAUACUAUUUUUACCUUGUCAAUUUUUGAAAGAUAUAUAUUUAUUAUUGAUGUGAUAAUUGACUUUAAAAAAAAUAAUCUUCAUCCAAACAUUUAAUUUUACAACAGUUUCUCAACUAUCCUACUAAGUUUAAUUUUUUUUUUAUAUACAGUACGUUACCUAUUUUCGGUAAAGUGUAUUUUUUUUGUGAUAAACUGCCUAUCCAAAUCUCUUUAUAAAAUUUGUUCUUAGCAUUUUUACUAAAGGUUGUUUCAUUAUUAAUGGGUGAGUGGUGC